ACUACAAUCAAGAUUUGUGUCAAACUCAUAAGCAAAGUAAAAAAAUGUCAUUUGGAAAAUUCCUGAUAGAAAAAAAGAGAAUUAUUUUUUAUUCAGUUAUAAUUUGUAUUCUAGCCAUAUUAGUUAAUAAGAGAUUCAUGACUAGUUCAAUCUCUGAAAAUGUUAAAUCUUAUAAAUUAACUUUAACACAAGAAGAACUAGCAAAGCAUAAUGGUGAUGAACAUAAAGAACUAUAUUUAGCUGUUAUGGGGUCUAUUUUCGAUGUCUCCAGUGGCAAAAUACACUAUGCAAAAGGACGUUCAUACCACUAUUUCAUAGGUAAGGAUGGUACUAGAGCUCUUGUAAGUGGAAAUUUUGAAGAUGAAAGUGAAGACAAAGAUCAUAUUUUGAACUUGAAAUGUGAUGAUAUAUUUGCCAUAAUGCACUGGAGAAAAACUUUCCAUGACAAAUACAAAUAUGUGGGAGUACUACAGGGCAGAUAUUAUAACUCUGAUGGAACUGAAACCCAAUAUAUGGCAGAAAUUAGGAACAAGUUGAAGAAUUGUAAGGAAGAAAAAGAGAAUGCUAAGCAACAAGACCAAUUAUACCCUCCAUGUAAUGUUGCCUGGAGUGAAACAGAAGGUACCAGAGUGUGGUGUUCAAAAUCUAGUGGUGGAAUAAAAAGAAAUUGGGUGGGAGUCCCCCGUCAACUCUAUGAGCCUGGUGGUGAUAAACCAAAAUGUGUAUGUGUUCAACGAGAAGAUACAAAUAUGCUCAAACAAUAUGAAGAAUGCUCAAAUAGUGCUACUGAGUGUGUUAUCCAUGUUACCUAAUUAAGUAUUAUUUACAUACAAGACAGUAUUAUAUCAAAUG